AUGGUCCUACGGGUGAAGAGCAGAGCAGCUCUCUGCUCAGCAGCAAAGGAUUGUAUUUUUGCAUUGCCUGAGCGGUCGGUAGCUACUGAUUGUACUAUUGAGGACCAGUACAAACCGGCGGCCACGGCGGUAGCUACUGGUAGUACUGAAGACCGGUACAAGCCGGCGGCCGCAGCGGUAGAUACUGCUAGUUCUGUGGACCAGUACCCGCCGGCGGCUGCAGCGGCAGCUACUGGUAGUAGUGAAGACCGGUACACGCCGUCAGCAGCAGCGGUAGCUACUGGUAGUUCUGUGGACCAGUACCCGCCGGCGGCUGCAGCGGCAGCUACUGGUAGUAGUGAAGACCGGUACACGCCGUCAGCAGCAGCGGUAGCUACUGGUAGUUCUGAGGACCAGUACCCGACGGCGGCCGCAGCGGUAGCUACAACUGAGAGUUCUGAGGACCA